CUCAUGGUGUGGACCACACCACUGCAGGGAGACUAAACAGCGUGCGCAGUUUAGCAGUCACUUGCAAAUCCGGGUGGUGUGAAAGAGAGCCAUCAUGGCGGGUGACAUGAUGCUGCUGAUGAGGGGCCUGGCCAAGCUGAGCCAGGCCGUGAUGGAGACCCAGGCCCAAGUGCUGCGGACCGGGGGAGCCCAGGCCGUGGUCCAGGGCAUGCAGAUGACCGCCGAGCAGGGACUCAGUGCUGCCAUGCAAAAGGUGCAGGAGGUCAGUGGCCAGCAGCAGAAUAUCUCAGAUUUAGGACCAGAUGCAGACUCUCGGUAUGAUUUUUCUGGUGCUGAGGAGAACAAAGAUGAUGAGUCUUUGAGGGACAGUGGCUUCUCACCGAAGCAGGCCGAAACUGAGGAUGUCAGGACACACGGCAGUGUCUCUGGGAAGUCUGGCAGCAAGCUGUUUGAGGGAUAUCAGGACCCAAGCAGGCAGUUCUCUGGACAGAUCCGUUCAUAUCACCAGGACCACUCAUCGGUCAGCGGUCUCACGGCUGAGGACAUUGAGAAAGCCAGGCAGGCUAAGAGGAACGAGUCCAAACCACACAAGCAGAUGCUUAGCGAGAGGGCACGAGAGCGAAAGGUGCCUGUCACACGGCUGGGGAGACUGGCAAACUUUGGAGGUCUGGCUGUGGGGCUGGGCAUCGGGGCCCUGGCAGAGGUGGCCAAGAAGAGCCUGAGAGCAGAGGAUAGGAAUGGAGAAAAGAAGGCCGUCCUGGACUCCAGCCCGUUCCUCUCGGAGGCAAAUGCGGAGAGGAUCGUCCGGACUCUGUGUAAGGUGCGCGGGGCUGCCCUGAAGCUGGGGCAGAUGCUCAGUAUUCAAGAUGAUGCCUUCAUCAACCCCCAGCUGGCCAAGAUUUUUGAACGGGUGCGACAGAGUGCGGACUUCAUGCCCAUCAAACAGAUGACGAAAGCCAUGAAUAAUGACCUGGGCCCCAACUGGAAAGACAAACUGGAGUAUUUUGAAGAGAGGCCCUUUGCCGCUGCGUCCAUUGGGCAGGUGCACCUGGCCAAGAUGAAGGAUGGCAGGGAGGUUGCCAUGAAGAUCCAGUACCCUGGGGUGGCACAGAGCAUCAACAGUGACGUGAACAACCUGAUGACGGUCCUCAGCAUGAGCAACGCAUUACCUGAAGGCCUUUUCCCUGAGCACUUGAUCGAGGUAAUGAGCCGUGAGCUGGCGCUGGAGUGCGAUUACAUAAGGGAGGCAAAAUGUGCCAAAAAAUUCAAGGAGCUGCUGAAAGAUCACCCCUUCUUCUACGUGCCAGACGUGAUCGACGAGCUGAGCAGCCAGCAUGUCCUCACCACCGAGCUGGUGCCCGGCUUUCCCCUGGACAAAGCCGAUGACCUCUCCCAGGACCUUAAGAAUGAAAUCUGUGAGAACAUCUUGGUCCUGUGCUUGAGAGAGCUGUUUGAGUUCCGGUACAUGCAGACCGAUCCCAACUGGUCCAACUUCUUCUACGACCCACAAACACACAGGAUUGCGCUGUUGGACUUCGGUGCUACAAGAGGAUUUGAUGUCAGCUUCACCGAUGUCUAUAUUGAGAUUAUUAAGGCAGCUGCAGAUGGCAACAGGGAGGAGGUGCUGAAGCGAUCGAUAGACAUGAAGUUUCUCACGGGCUACGAGUCAAAGGCCAUGGUGAAUGCCCACGUGGACGCCGUGAUGAUCCUGGGGGAGGCCUUCGCAUCCCACGAGCCCUUCAGCUUCGGGUCCCAGAGCACCACGGAGCGGAUCCACAACCUCAUCCCCGUCAUGCUGAGGCAGCGCCUCACCCCGCCCCCCGAGGAGACCUACUCGCUGCACCGCAAGAUGGGCGGCUCCUUCCUCAUCUGCUCCCGCCUCAACGCCAAGCUGAGCUGCAAGAGAAUGUUCCAGGAAGCCUACAACAAGUACUGGAGUGAACGCCAAAGAGGACCAAGCCAGUGACGCUUGACACACAGGGUCA